CACCUGCCAGUGUUCGUUUCGUCCACAACGAUGUCGUGGUGCCUGACUUCUCUGCCUACCGUCGGCAGGAUGUGCUGGAUGCCACCGCAUCGUCCCAGAGCAGCAGUGAAGACAGGAAAGGGUUCUCCUACCUGCUGACUGCAACGGCCUGUGUGGCAACUGCAUACACUGCUAAGAAUGUUGUCACGCAGUUUAUCUCCAGCCUGAGUGCCUCUGCUGAUGUGCUAGCCUUGUCAAAGAUUGAGAUCAAGUUAUCUGACAUUCCAGAAGGCAAGAACAUGGCUUUCAAGUGGAGAGGGAAGCCCCUUUUUGUGCGCCACAGAACCCAGGCCGAGAUUAAUCAGGAAGCUGAAGUGGAUGUGUCUAAACUGAGGGAUCCACAGCAUGACUUAGACAGAGUAAAGAAACCAGAAUGGGUCAUAUUAAUAGGUGUCUGCACUCAUCUGGGCUGCGUACCCAUUGCUAACUCUGGAGAUUUUGGCGGGUAUUACUGCCCUUGCCAUGGGUCCCAUUACGAUGCCUCUGGCAGAAUCAGGAAGGGUCCUGCUCCCUAUAACCUUGAGGUUCCAUUUUACCAGUUUGUUGGUGAGGAUUUAGUGAUUGUUGGCUGAAUAACAAGAUGCUUGCUCACUCUCAUGUUCCUGUGAAUGUACACCCAAAAAAUGAGUAACUGAGAUUCUGGAAUGUAAUCCUAAAAAUAUAUUAGCUGUCUAUAUUGUCAACCAGAAGUAUGUUUGAAUGCUUCUCUGUGUUGGAUUUUAAUAAAAACUUGGAGUGAGCACUUGU